AUGUUGGAGGUAGACAUCUCCACAUCAUUGAUUCGUAGCCUCCCAUCAUCUCUUCUUUAACACAUUUACAGUUUCAUCAUGACUGGAACCCCUCCUGCCGGCUGGGAGGCCCUUAAUGGCCGUCAAACAGGCCUGCUCAUGGACCAGCGGAGGGAGAUUGAGCUUGCAGAAGCAGGGAUUCUGAAUAAUGCCCAGUCACUUUUGGGUACUGAUACUGUGAACUCGCUCUCGGGGCUUGUGGACCCACAAACACUCACAGUAUUUCGGGAUCAAGAUCGAUGGAAAAAACUUCCACGAGGAUCUUCUUCUACUAAUUCUAUACCUAUUAACAAUGAAAUUUUGAAGACUUCAACCACAUGGACAGGAUUGAGAUCACAGCUUGAUGCAGAAGAAUAUCAUAAUCUCUCGGAAAAGAUCUCACAAUCCAAAUCGAAGACGCCAACAGCUUCUCGAUUAGAGUACAAGGAAAUGAAAACAUAUGGCGGAAUGCCCAUGCAGGAUGAUAUCGUAGUUGUCAGCUGCAGUAAUUGUGAUAAACCACUGAUUCCAAGUGCAUACAAGGAGCAUCGAGCAAAGUGCAAGGUACAGCAGACAGAAACACUCACUGAUACAUCUUCUGCGAUUCGGACAGAUAUUCCAGAAAAAAAACCUGAGAUUCAAAAGACGAAAAAACGAAAGGAAUCUACUGCUAUGGAAGUUACUGAACCUGAAGUACCAGUAUCUAUUUCUGAGAUGUCUCCCCCACCCACGCCAGAAAAAAAACCACAUGAAAAGAAACAAAAGGUGGCUAAACCACCCAAGGUCAAGCCUCCAGGCCGUGUCAAAGGCCCCUUGGAUCUAGAUAAACAAUGUGGAGUAAUUGUUAUUCCUGGUGGCCCUGCUUGUGCACGUGCACUGACUUGCAAGAGUCAUUCAGUGUCAUCAAAGCGAGCAGUCGAGGGUCGCUCCCGGCCAUACGAUGUUUUGCUUGGCCUGUAUCAGAAAAAACCCGUACCUGUCAAAGACGAGAAAAUUAAUCGGGAUUCAGAGGCGCCACUGGCAGAGAAAGAGGAUGUUAAUGUUGAUUCUGAUGAGGAGUACGGUGAGCUUUUAGAUGCAGUCAGGAGCUAUGAACCACAGCCUUUGGCCGCACGCCCUAUGACAUACUUACGUAGACGUAACAACUGCCACAGGAUCCGGGAUUUACUUAUGGAUGCUUUAAAAGGCCCUUGUAGGCCUAUUCUCCCUGGGGGAACAACACAUGAGCAAUCCUCAAUGCAUAUUUGAUAUCUGAGCGUUUAAUUCAGCCUCCUAAUAUUUUUUUUCUACAACGCUUGCAGCUUUGGCUUUUUCUAACGGCUGCAGCUUCCAGUAUUAUCCUUGCUAUCCUUGCUCUGUAAAACUUAGCCAUUACUAUGCUGUAUUUGUAUUCAACCUCUAUCUCAAAGCAAAAAAAAUAAAAUAAAAUAAAAAUAAAAAGUGAGA